GAGAAUGCACGGGUGCUUUUACACGGGAGUUUAGAGAGAAUGAAUUCGGAUCCCUCUUUCUGAGGUUUACAUGAAUAUUUAUACUAGGUCAAGGGGACAGGACCACGUGCGCCCACGUGGGGGCAUGCUGCCGAUGUGGUGCGAGGCGACGGAUGGGGUUUCUGUUGAUGCUGGAUCGCGUUGGUCUAGCUUGACAGUUGAAGGAAUCUGGCGGAUUGUUCGAAUUGUCGCGAUCAUGAGGCACCUUCUGAGUAAAAUCACAGUUUGGGAUAAGAACUCAAUCCUGCGAGUUGUAGCGGGGACUGUAGCAGGGUCUGGAGUAGUAUACUACUCCUCUGGUUACACUGAUUCUAGGUCUCUUGGAAACAACCUCUCUACUUAUGAUAAGGAUGCCCGUCUCAUAUCAGUUUCAAUUCCUAAGCCACUGCAGGACUCGAUCCGAUGGAAAUGGGGUAGUAUUAGGGACUUAUUCUACCCUUCAUAUCUCUCCCUGGGAACUUCACAAACUUGUAGGUUUCCAUUUGUUGUUUGUAGAACAAGUUCAGAUGAAGCAACAUCAUCUGAUGUAAAGAAAGAAACUUCUGCGGUAGUUGAUGGUGGUGCUGGUACGGCACAUUCCCGUACUAAUUGUCUUACCCGAGAUACCAUUGCCAAUGCAGCUGCCUGUGUUGGACCUGCCAUAGUCAAUUUGUCAGUUCAAAGGGAUUUCCAUGGAUUAACUGGAAAGAGUAUAGGAUCUGGCACUAUCAUUGAUAAAGAUGGAACAAUUUUAACUUGUGCCCACGUUGUGGUUAAUUCUCAAGGAUUAAGCUCUUUAACAAAUGGAAAGGUUGAUGUGACAUUACAAGAUGGACGGACUUUUGAAGGAAUAGUUGAAAAUGCUGAUUUACAUUCUGAUAUUGCAAUUGUAAAGAUAAAAUCGAAGACUCCACUUCCAUGUGCAAAGCUUGGCAGUUCAACUAAGCUUCGUCCUGGAGAUUGGGUGAUAGCCCUGGGUUGUCCCCUUUCCCUACAAAAUACAAUUACAGCAGGCAUUGUAAGUUGUGUAGAGCGUAAAAGUAGUGACUUAGGGUUGGGUGGUAUGAGGAGAGAGUAUUUACAGACCGACUGUGCUAUAAAUGCGGGUAAUUCCGGGGGACCUCUUGUAAAUGUUGACGGAGAAGUUGUGGGUGUUAAUUUUAUGAAAGUAUUGUCAGCUGAUGGUUUGGGAUUUUCUGUGCCAAUUGAUUCCGUUUCCAAGAUUAUUGAGCACUUCAGGAAAAAUGGGAGAGUUGUUAGACCUUGGUUGGGGUUAAAAAUGAUUGAUCUCAAUGAUAUGAUUGUUGCACAGCUCAAGGAAAAAGAUUCGAGAUUCCCUAAUGUCAAAAAAGGUGUCCUUGUACCCAUGGUGACUCCAGGUUCACCAGCCGAUGUUGCAGGGUUUCAUCCAGGCGAUGUCGUUAUAGAAUUUGAUGGAAAGUCUGUUGGGACCAUUAAGGAGAUAAUUGAGAUAAUGGGCGAUAGGGUUGGACAGCCAUUGACAGCAGUUGUGAAGAGAAGUAAUGGUAUUUCUCUAACAUUAACUGUUGUUCCAGAGGAAGCAAAUCCAAGCAUGUGAGCUUUCCCCCCCUUCAAUUCCUCAUGGGGUCAGCCCCAUGUUUGUUUUUGGAGAGAAUUGAUUCUUAGAGACUUCUCAACUCCUAGUAGUUUGUUGUAAGAUGAACCAGGCCUCCUUCCUAAUUUAAGUUGCUCGUUGAUGUUUACGCUACUUAACAAAAAAUAUUUUUGCUUUAAUUUUUUUUUAAAGCUAAGAACAUUGUAGUCCACAAUGGAGUUAAUAAAGACAAUAGCUGAGU